AUCAUAUUAUACCAUAUCAUUAAAAUUUAAAGCAAUAUUUUAAUAUAUCUUAAUAUAUUUUUGUGAAAUGUCUGCUGUUCCUUCUUUUGCUUAUAACGUUGAAAAGCCUGCAGGUGUACCUGUCAAUCCUGAAGAUGUGAAAAGGGUUAAACUCUUUCAACCUUUCACACAAAAGGGUGUAACUAUGCAUAAUCGUCUCGGUGUUUCUCCCAUGUGUAUGUACAGUGCUGUCAAUGGUUAUAUGAAUGAUUUUCACAUUGCUCACUAUGGUUCAUUGGCUAUUAAGGGCCCUGGUUUGAUUAUUAUUGAAGCCGCUGGUGUUGUUCCUGAAGGUAGAAUCACUCCUCAAGAUAUUGGUCUCUGGGAUGAUUCUCAUAUUCCUAAUCUCAAACGUGUUGUUGAUACCAUCAAGUCUCAAGGUGUUACUCCCGGUAUUCAAAUCGCUCAUGCUGGUCGUAAGGCCAGUAUGAGCCCCCCCUUCAAAGGUGACUAUAUUGAAACUGAAGCUGAUAAUGGUUGGCCCAAUCGUGUUUAUGGUCCUUCUGAUAAUGCCUUUGCUGAUCAUUAUCCUAAACCUAUUGCCAUGAGUGUUCAAGAAAUUAAGGAAACUGUUCAAGCCUUUGCUGAUGCUGCUAUUCGUGCUGAUAAGGCUGGUAUUGAAGUUUUAGAAAUCCAUGCUGCUCAUGGUUAUUUACUUAGUACCUUCUACUCUGGUAGCAGCAAUAAACGUACUGAUGAAUAUGGUGGUAGCUUUGAAAAUCGUAUUCGUUUCCUUUUAGAAACCACAAAGGCUGUUCGUGCUGUCUGGCCUGAGAGCAAGCCUCUUUGGGUUCGUAUCUCCUGUAGUGACUAUACUAACCCUGAACCUAUGGGUGAAAACCCAGAUGGUUGGGAUAUUUACCAAUCUAUUCGUUUAGCAAAGGAAUUGAAAAAGCUAGGUGUGGAUGUAAUUGAUUGUUCAAGUGGUGGUAUCAUGAAGGAUGUCAAGUACCCUAAUACCCCUAUGUUUCAAGUUCAAUUUGCAGAAGCAAUCAAGAGAGAAGCUCAAAUUGCUACUGCCGCUGUUGGCUUCAUUGUCGAAGGUGAAGACGCUGAAAAGAUCCUUCAAAAGAACAAGGCUGAUUAUAUCUUGGCUGGUCGUGAAUUCUUACGUGAUAGUGCCUACGUUCUAGUUGCCGCACAGGCUUUGAAUGUUGAAAUUACAUGGCCAAAACAAUACUCUUGGGCUGUCAAGAAAGCUCGUCGUAAGAACACUACCAAGCAAGAUGCUGCUUAAGAAGAAGAAGAAAAAGGAAAAAGCGAAUCAUUUAUUUACUCUGGUUAAAAGAAGUUUUGUAAUAUACACGUAUAUACUAAAAAAAAAAAAAAAAAAAAAAAAAAA